AGCUUCUCCUACCUCAGCCUCCGCCCCCUUGGUGCGCUCCCUCCCUCGCCGUGUGGCUGGCUGGCAGGAAGGAUGGGAGAGAGGGAGGGAGUGAAUGAGCGAGCGAGCUGCAGAUGAGGGUUAAAGGUGCUGCUGGCUGGGAAGUUUGAAGAAGGUCGCCGCUUGUGAGCUCCAGCAGCAUCAUGGCGGAGCAGCGCGACUCGCCUGUUCACGUCCAGCAGCCCCAGCCGGCGCCGCUUGCACCGCCCCCGACUCCUACUCCCGCACCUCAAGCUGUCGGUUGGCCCAUUUGCCGGGACGCCUAUGAACUGCAGGAGGUGAUCGGCAGUGGUGCUACCGCCGUGGUCCAAGCAGCGCUCUGCAAACCCAGGCAGGAACGUGUAGCAAUAAAAAGAAUCAACUUGGAAAAAUGCCAGACCAGUAUGGAUGAAUUGCUUAAAGAAAUCCAAGCCAUGAGUCAAUGCAGCCAUCCCAACGUAGUUACGUAUUACACAUCUUUUGUGGUCAAGGAUGAGCUUUGGUUGGUUAUGAAACUACUAAGUGGAGGCUCUAUGCUGGAUAUAAUAAAAUAUGUAGUGAACAGAGGAGAACACAAGAGUGGUGUCCUUGAGGAAUCAAUAAUAGCAACAAUUCUGAAAGAAGUUUUGGAAGGCUUAGACUAUCUACACAGAAAUGGGCAAAUCCACAGGGAUUUAAAAGCUGGUAAUAUUCUUCUGGGUGAGGAUGGCUCUGUACAAAUAGCAGACUUCGGAGUUAGUGCAUUUUUAGCCACAGGAGGUGAUGUAACCCGUAACAAAGUAAGAAAGACGUUUGUUGGUACUCCAUGUUGGAUGGCUCCUGAAGUCAUGGAACAGGUGAGAGGCUAUGACUUCAAGGCUGACAUCUGGAGCUUUGGAAUAACAGCCAUUGAAUUAGCCACGGGAGCAGCACCUUACCACAAAUAUCCUCCAAUGAAAGUAUUAAUGCUGACCUUGCAGAAUGAUCCUCCAACGCUGGAAACAGGAGUAGAAGAUAAAGAAAUGACAAAGAAAUAUGGCAAGUCCUUUAGAAAACUAAUUUCGUUGUGUCUUCAGAAAGACCCUUCUAAAAGGCCUACAGCAGCAGAACUUUUAAAAUGCAAAUUCUUCCAAAAAGCAAAGACUAGAGAAUACUUGAUUGAAAAACUGCUUACAAAAACACCUGAUAUAGCACAGAGGGCAAAAAAGGUUAGAAGAGUACCAGGUUCUAGUGGACAUCUCCAUAAGACAGAAGAUGGGGACUGGGAAUGGAGUGAUGAUGAAAUGGAUGAGAAGAGUGAAGAAGGCAAGGCCGCUUUUUCCCAAGAGAAGUCACGAAGAGUAAAAGAAGAGGAAGAUGCAGAGAUUUCCAUGUAUUCCAGCAAUAUCCCUGACCAAAUACAGAACCUGUCUAUAAAAGGUUCUCAGACACGAUCUGCUGUUACAAAUGAAUAUAGCGCUGUUCCAUGUGCUGUGAAUCUUGUUUUACGACUAAGGAAUUCCAGAAAGGAACUUAAUGACAUACGAUUUGAGUUUACUCCAGGCAGAGACACGGCAGAUGGUGUAUCUCAAGAGCUGUUCUCUGCAGGCCUGGUUGAUGGCCACGAUGUAGUUAUAGUUGCUGCUAAUUUACAAAAAAUAGUAGAUGACCCCAGGGCCUUGAAAACAUUAACCUUUAAGCUGGCUUCUGGUUGUGAUGGUACUGAAAUUCCUGAUGAGGUAAAACUGAUUGGGUUUGCCCAGUUAAGCGUCAGCUGAUGCCAGCGCCCCUGACCCCCAGCAAAAGGGCGUGAUUGCAAAGAGGCCAGCUUUACAUUGUGAAGGAAAUUUUUCAAGCACCACACGUGGAGUUCCGCUUCAUCCAGUAGCACCUCACCAGGUUGGAACGAGCGAACGCCCAUGGCUCCACCGCUCCUGCUAACAUCCCAGAAGCUACCAAAUGCUGCUCCAGCAACUGGGCUGGGUUUCCCUGACAUGAGAACAGAUGGACUGGAAAUGCGCUCGAGUGGCUGUCUCCAUUGGUUACAAAAAGAAUUUUCUGUCAGAGCUAUUUCUUCUUUAAUUAAAACGGAACCGUGAUUGUUUUAGUGGAUAAUUCUGAUUCGUUGGUUGUAUGUAGAAUGAGCAUAAUUAUAAAUGCUAGGGUUUAUUAGCCAAACUUGAAUUCCUGAUUUAAAACCAACUGUGAAUUUUUCUGU